UUAAAUAUAUUGAUCACACUUACAGGUAAUUAACUUCCCGGUUUGUUACAAAGAAAUAAUGUUUAUUUCACUGAAAACAAACGGUUUACAAUUUGCUAAAACUAUACUUUCAUAUAAAUGUUUAAUGAAUCGAGAUCUGAUUUAAAGGAAUAUUCAUGUUAUAGAGAUCUACUUUCGUGUAUACAUGUACGUAUAAGUGGAAUGAUGGCAAUGGAGUCAGGGAGGGCGGCAGUACAUUUGGCAAGAAAACGCAAUACCGAAAUAUUAGAUAAUACAAAAAGAUUAACAACAAAAGCAGGAGGAGGAGGAGAUGAUACGGCUUUGAAACCGCCCAGAAGCAUGCAGCGAAAUGAAUUUCCCCAAGUAGGAGGAAAGUUCGGCUCUCCAGCGGCACAAGACGAAGCACCUAAACGUAGACAGGGAUCUGCAGUAAAAAUGGAUGAACAAAGUAGAGCACAACUCCAGCAGGAGGAACUCUCUGAAAUAAGAGACGCUAUGAAAACAGCAUACGAACAGUAUGUAGGCCACAUAGCAGAAAAUGAUUAUAAGCCAAAACGAAUAGUAUUAGUGGGAGAGAUCAAGUUCUACGCCAACAAGUUGAUAGGUCAUUUGCAGAGAAAGUGGAAGAAGGAACAGCUUCAGCGCGUUGUAAAAGAUAUUGUAAACGAAGUGAAAACGGAGGCUGACGAGGCAUGGAAUCCUUUACAAAAGUGUAACAAAGAUGAGAAGGAACAACCUGGGGAUAUAUCUACAGAAUUUGAGCAACUCACCUCAUGUCUGAAUGAGAUGAAAAGACAAAAACAAAUCCUGAUGGAAAAGGCAGAAAAGUUGGAAAAUGCAAGUAAUAUCAUAUUAAACGCACCAAAUGAAAGAAAAUAUGAAAGAAAAAACGAUACAAAAAGGAAAGAAGAAGAGAAAGAUGAAAAGAGGAAGCUGUCUCAACAACUGCAAGAUAUCAUUCAACAGCUACAUACCAAAGCUAAGAUGAAUGAGCAAGACCAAAUUGAUAUCAUUCAUGAACUUGAGCAAUGUGAAAAAGAAAUGGAUGACUUCACAGAGACAUUCAACGUUAGCUUGCAAAAUAACAUCAGUUCGGGUUUGCAGAAAAGAAUCCAUUUACUUCGUGUAAAGCUUGAUUCACAUAAGAAGGAACUAAAGACUUCGAUUUCUAAAAUGAGAGUGAAUGCGAAUAAAGAAAUUGAAGACGAAGUUAGCUUAAUCAAAACCAGAAUAACGAAGAUGUGGAAAAGCAUUACUAAUGAAAGUAUGACAGGACAUGAUUCAAAACAACAAAGCCACUUUGAGCAAGUGGAGAUGCUUGAUAGUAUUGAAUCAUCCUUUUUCAACCUCAAACAGCAAAAUAAUCGGUAUGAAAAAGAACGAGGCCGUAUUUCCAAUGAACUUAAAGAAUUGACGAAAGAUAUUGACGAUUUAACAAAGAAAAGACACGUGGAAUCGGAAGAGGCCAUUGAUGAUGAAAUACAGAAAGAGAUACGCCAAAUUCGUUCGAAACUUGAUCGUCAAAAACAUGAUUUCUCAGAAAGAUGGAAGACAGACAGAAUACAAGUUAUCAGUGUGACUGGGCCUGUACUACAAGAAAUAUCGAGACUGAUGACGAAUGAACCUUUUAAUUUCUCUGUCCCAAAACAUUUUGACUCUGAUAAAGUUGUAAAGGGAAUCUCUCCAGUUCUACAUCCUGUUGUGACAGACAUUAGCUGGAUCAACCAAUGCUUGAAGGAGAACUGUAAAAGCUUCCAGCAGAAGUUUGUAAGGACGAAAGCGUACGCUGAAUUAAAAGAAAAUGAAAUGAGUUUGCUUUGCGAAAUAAAGGAUUUGAAGAAAGAGAAGGACGUACUUUUAAAUAGAUUAUCAAAGGUAGCUGGAGCCAACCUAACUGACAACAAUCCGAAUAUUGCAGACCUUAGUGAUCCAAACCGAGCUACUAAACUCGCCGAGCAGUUUUCCGAAUUGUACGAUAAUCCAUGGACCGAUGCAUUCGAGGUUCUUGAAACACCAGAUGAAAGACGCCGUAUUGAUUUCUUGCUGGAUAUCAUUGUCGUACGUUGUUUGAAAAUAAUGUAGUAACAUUGGAAUGACGCUCAGGAAUUAACAAAAAGAAAGGAGAACCUUUACCUCCGCCUUAAAAAUGAAAAACGGAGGGAAAUUAAAAAGUGGAAGGUGUGCGUCAGUCCGUUACAACAUUGUGAGGUUUUAACUAUUCCAUCAUUUGUUGAUGUAAUUUAACCUAGCCUCUU